AUGGCGGGCUUGUUCAAGAACAUUUUUGGCGCCCAGCCAUCCGGCGCUGCCAAUUCUGACGAUGACUUCGCCGAUUUCGUCGAGGCUGCGAGCCCAUCGCCUGCCGCCAUUGUCGCAGAUACAACUGCCCCGGUUUUUGGUUCCACUGGUGUGAGCGCUACUCCUUACACAAAAUGGUAUCGGGUUUGGGAGCGGACCUCGCCUUCGGAUUUCAAGCAGGAGGCUAUGAUCAUGCCAUUCAUCCUGAUUAUCGUCCUGUUCCAUCUCUGGGGCACGAGACACAAUCGCAGCAAGGCCCGUGAGUGGGCCAAGGUCCAUGUUCCCGCGCUGCAGAAGGAGUUUGCUGUGGUUGGCUUUGACGGUGUUCCUCGGUCAGCAUCCGAAACUGAAUCUAUCACAGUGGAGGUCGCCGAUCCCGAGACCAGCAUCAAGGAGAAGGCGCCUAACGAGUUCACUACCUAUGCGUCAGGUCGUCAGAAUGUUGCUUUCGUAGAUGUCAACCUGAAGAUGCCUAAGCGCUACAACCCUAUCACCUACUUGAUGGAGUAUGUCCUGAGCUUCUUUUUCGAGAGCUGGGAGGCUCCUUCUGAGAAGUACGAGGCCUUGUUGUACGCCUUCGACGGCAAGGAGAAGGAUCUCGUCCCUGUCUUGGCUAAAGAUACCAACCCAUUGAAGGUGAACAACUCAACCUACGAUGGUUUCAUCUGGGCCAUUGUCCACAAGAGCUAUAUGUCUAAGUUCCGCGUUGAGCGUUACGACGCAUCCCUGGCUUACUCUAAGGACCACCCCAAGCUUCCAUCCUGGGUCAGCGUAUUGUCCGAGAAUGCUGAAAUCACUGAGACUCUUCUUACUCCGGAACUUAUCAAGGCCAUCGAACAGGCCGGUAACGAUUUUGAGUUUUUGAUCGCCACCGACCAGCCUGUUGACAAGCCCACCAAAAUCAACGAGACUAUCCCCAAGAAGCGUAUCCAGCUCUCCGUUAACCUCUCUCCCGCUGACGGUUACGCCUCAACCCUUCCCAUUUUCAACCAGUUCCUGCGCUUCACCGACAAGCUUGUUGCUGCUGGCCACUUCCGCCCCGAGGUCAUGCGCAAAGUUCGCAGCAUCCGUGAGGAUGAGAUCAAGAAGCUGCGCCGAGUCGAAGAGGAGGAGAAGGCCGAGGAGCGCAAGCUCGCAGCAGAGAAGAUCAAGAAGGAUGAGCGUGAGCGCUUGCUCCGUGGUAUGACUGCGGACGAGCAGCGGAAAUUCCUUGAGCGCGAGAACCAGAAGGGUCAGCGCAAGCUGACGAAGAAGUCUACUCGUAAGGGUUAA